CAGUGGACCACGAUCGGUGGCCAUUGGCGGAUCAGGCGGGUUGCGGCCUGCGAUGCAGCAGGCCAUGGGAGCAGGCUGUUCGCAUCCAUUGCAGCACGAGGCCCGAGUUCGUGGACCGACGAAACAGACAUCAAUCGCGAGGUACACGAAGAACCCACGACAGGAGGAGAUCGAUGACUCAGCCAACGAGUUUUUCGUCGAGAAUGCCAUCCCCUUCAAUGUCGCGAAGAGCAGGAGUUUCAAGAAGUUCCAGUUGACAUGUUACGGUCCACAGCCUGCAGUGAGCAAACCACUUGUGCCCACUAGCUACAAUCCAUUGAGGUGUCGGCUGCUCGAUCGGUUGCGCAGCAAGUUGGAGAAGAAGGAGCAAGUGAUCCGAGAUGACUGGGAGGUGACAGGGUGCACUUUCAUCACCGAUGACACCACAUACAUCUGUGGGCGAUCGUUGAUGAACUACAUCCUCGCAGGAUGUUUGAAGCCUGUUUUCGUCAAGUGUGAGGAUGUGAGCGUCAGGGACAAGGAUGCACCUGCUGUUGUUGCGGGGUGGAAGCAGUUCUUCAGGGAGUUUGGCGUGGAGAAGAUCACAACGAUCUGCACCGACUCGUUGGCGGGGAACAAGAGUGUAGCCAGGAUGUUAUGGGAGGAUCCAGAGACCCACUACGUGAUGCUGCACAGACUUCAGGUGUGCGAGACGGUGUUGGUGCGUAUUGUGACUGGGUGCCCCUGGGAGAGCAUGGUGUGGCGAGGAGAAAUCAGAGUAAAAGCAUACGUAGUUGAGGAGUUCAUUCUUGACAAAGCCUUUUGGGUUGACGUCAAGAAGUUGAUAGCCCUGAUGAAGGGCCCGUACGAUGCGUUGCGAGAGGUGGACAAGGACGCCCAUUGCUUGUCACGCAUCUACAACAUGGCUUCUCGGCUGCGGGGCAUCGUUCGCUCUGCCCGCGUUACUGCAGAUGAGCAGGAUGCUGUCCUCCAUAAUGUCGGCAAGAGGACUGACAUGCUUCUCAGCCCCAUACACGUUGUGACACGACUGCAGGAUCCUCAGUUGAGGGACAUUGCAGUCUUCAGCAACGUUGAGCUCAUGGCGCAGUUCAACAGUGUUAUUGAGCGGCUGAUCGGCAAGAAGGGGUCGAAGAGGUUCGAUGACUGCAAGGACCAGUUAGCAAGGGGGAAGGAUGGUCCCACCAUAGCAGGAGGGUGGUUGGGGUUGGAAAAGGAUUGGGUGGACGAGUACUUGGAGGGUGACAUGGCGAAUGUCACUGACGCCGUUGACGAUGGUGAGGCCGGUGGAACAGCCGCUGGUUCUGCUGCAGGCAGCACCAACAUUGCCCGUGCUCCAUCUACUACAAGGUCGGCAUCUGUGCACAGGUUGGGGGAGAUGGAGGAGGUUGCGGAGGGGGACGAGGUUGAGGAUGAUGCGGGUGAGGAGGAUGAGAGUGACGAGGACAAGGACGACGUUCCCGGUGAGGAGUGGGUGGACGAGAGGUCGGACUCUGAUAGAUUGUGGACGAGGAGGGAGGAGAUCCUUCCGUAUGUGUCGGGCACACGCUUCAGUGAUCGAUUGAGAGACCAGCGUGCACAAAGGGAGCAGCAGGGGCAUCAUGAGGAGGACCAUCCGUUGGAGGAGUACCUGUUGGAGCACCAGCAGGAGGAGGAGCAGUCGCAGGAGCGGCAGCAGGAGGAGCACCCUCAGGACGAGGAGGAGCACCCUAGGACGAGGAGCAGCAGCAACAAGACGAGCAGCAACCGCAGUGGGAGCACCAGCAGCAGGAGGAGGAGCAGCAGCAGCAGCAGCAGGAGGAGCACCAGCAGCAGGAGGGGGAGGAGCAGCAGCAGCCGGAGGGGGAGGCAGAGGAUGAGCACCAACAACAGGAGGGGGAGGAGCACCAACAGCUAGAGCCCGAGGGCGAGCAGGGGUGGAAGCAGGUGGAUGCAUUCUACGGUCCUGGACGA